UGCUCUCUCCCUCCAGGGCUGGACAUCCACUUCAUCCAUGUGAAGCCCCCCCAGCUGCCCUCUAGCUGCAGCCCGAAGCCCUUGCUGAUGGUGCAUGGUUGGCCCGGCUCUUUCUACGAGUUCUAUAAGAUUAUCCCAUUCCUGACUGACCCCAAGAACCAUGGCCUGAGUGAUGAGCACGUUUUUGAAGUCAUCUGCCCUUCCAUUCCUGGCUACAGCUUCUCAGAGGCAUCGUCCAAGAAGGGGUUUGAUUCAGUGGCUACUGCCAGGAUCUUUUAUAAGCUGAUGCUGCGGCUGGGCUUCCAGGAAUUCUAUAUCCAAGGUGGGGACUGGGGCUCCCUGAUCUGCACCAACAUGGCCCAGAUGGUUCCCAGACGCGUGAAAGGCCUGCACUUGAACAUGGCUUUCGUCUUAAGAAAUUUCUUCAUCCUGACCGUUCUCCUGGGACGUCGUUUUGGGGGACUUUUUGGCUACUCCAAGAGGGAUAUAGAGCUGAUGUACCCCUUCAAGGAGAAGUUUUUCUACAGCAUAAUGAGGGAGAGCGGCUACAUGCAUAUCCAGAGCACCAAGCCUGACACUGUGGGCUGUGCUCUGAAUGACUCUCCUGUGGGGCUGGCUGCCUAUAUUCUAGAGAAGUUUUCCACCUGGACGAAUUCAGAAUUCCGGAACCUGGAGGAUGGAGGCCUGGAGAGGAAGUACUCCCUGGAUGACCUGCUGACCAAUGUCAUGCUCUACUGGACAACGGGUACCAUCGUCUCCUCCCAGCGCUACUACAAGGAGAACCUGGGCCAGGGCUUGAUGGCCCAUAAGCAUGAGCGCAUGAAGGUCCACGUGCCCACCGGCUUUGCUGCCUUCCCUUCUGAGUUAUUGCAUGCGCCUGAAAAGUGGCUGAAGUUCAAGUACCCGAAACUCGUCUCCUAUUCCUUCAUGGCCUGUGGGGGUCACUUUGCAGCCUUUGAGGAGCCAGAGCUGCUUGCCCAGGACAUCCGGAAGUUUGUGUCAGCGCUGGAGUGGCAGUGAUUCCCAUCCCAUCCCAGUGCCCUCCCAGCUUUUCCUGGGGAAGGCACCCCUUUUUCUGUGGAGUUUCCCCCCAUUCCCUGCCAGUACUAGGAGCCCACACUCACCAGCC